CUAUUUGCAUAUUUUUGGGCUUACAAUAAUAAGAAAAAGAGACGUCGAAAAGGAUAACUUGAUAUAAUGAAGGAGAUGAUACGGGGGAUGAUACGUAACACAAUUUUUGGGUUGAGUGACAUCAUCAUCGUACAGGAGAGGAGCAACGCAAAACUGAAAAAGAAAGGAGUCGAAGAGUAAAAAACAACCGAUGCAAGCAAAUAAAUCAGAAGAAGGGUCUUGAGUAGCAGUACAACUUUUUAGGACAAUCAU